UUCAGCAGUGAAAAGGCAUUAUCUUUCACUAAGCCAUGUCACAUUUUCGUUCUUAUGAGCUGCUCAACCUCGAGGGAUAUGAAACAAAGUAUUAACAGGUACGCUACGUUUCGCUCUAAAGCAGUGAUCCGAUUUAGUUUUUGAAGGAGGUCCACUUCAUUAGUUAUGAGCUAGCCCCAUCAUAUCACGAGUUUCACGACAAGGUUAUAACACUUUGAGCUUCUUAGAGACAAGCACGUUGUCCGCAACCCGUGCAGGGACCGGUGGAACAAAUGACGCAGGUGGAAUUGGCAAGUCACUUUGACCAUCAUCAUCAAAGAACACCUCACCUAUAUUAUUUAACGAGCUAUCAUGCCUUCGGUCGCGAUGGCCGCAUCUUUUGUGGUGGAUCGUCAAGCAGGAUUUCACAACGCAAUGGGCUCUUGUGUAGCUUGCUGGUUGGGGUACCGGUGCAGCGGGUAAUCGUAGAGCCCUUUGCGAUACGCAACGCAAGCUCACAAUAUUCUGUUGUUUAUGGGCUUGAACCUAAGCUUAUGACUAGUACAAUGGUACAUCAAAAGGAGGCGUGGAGAUAUUUUUAAAAGUUUUGCUCCCAAUAGACACUAGACCGUUAUCUAAGGGGUUCUUGUCAUACAGAUAUACAUUCACCUAAACUGUUGUGAAAAUGUCCUUUGUAGAAUCGUACAUAAUCAGACAUUGGAACUGCUUACUUUCAAGCAGACAUCCAUUGCAAAAACUGUCAUGACAUUUCCAGCAGCCAAACUUCUUUUUUCUCGUCACGUCUCAAUUUGAAUCACAGCAUGUGUUCGAGAAUAUUGUGAAAAAAUAUCUAGAUGCACUGGCGGAGAAUUUUUAAUGGCAGGUAAUUCUCUUUCGAAUCCGUUGAAACAGCCAAUUACAGCGUGAAAAAUAAAAGAGAUUCCAACUUCAACAAAGCUUAUCGUACCUCAAUAUGCUUGCAUUUUCGAUCUUGCCUUGUUUCAAUCAAGCUAAUAAAGAAACUUACAAACCAAUUUUGUGAU